UGCAACUCCAGAAGUCAGCUUAAUACGAGUCUCAGAAGAAAGGAAACGUUUACUCUUCGUUUUAGACAGUUUGAAAAUGAGGAAGCUUUCAUCCAUUAGUUGCUUCGUUCUCUGUUUGAUUUUGACAUCAAACACUCCAUUGUUCCAAGCCCAUGUGCAGGACUUAUCAGAUCUAACUUAUAUGCGAACAAUGGAGCAAUCAACUUGCACCACACAUCAUUCUCAAAUCCAUAUUAGCGAAGAAGAACAAGACGAAGCAGGAAAUAUGUUGCGCGUAUGUGGAGGAACAGUGGCUGUAGCAAAAUGCGAAGGCACCUGUGUCUCUCUACUUCAACCGAGUGCUAGAAACCCUAGUGGAUUUGUUAAGGAUUGCCGGUGUUGCCGAGAAGCGAUCAUGGAAUUAAAAACGAUUGAAUUGAAGGAAUGUUUUCGCAGUGACGGAAAUCGAAUUUAUGACAGCGAAGGAACAAUGACCAUACAUCUUGAAGAACCAGCAGAAUGCGCGUGCCACGAAUGUGGUCAUUAGAAGAUGUGUACAUUUCUUAAAUUAUAGCCUAACUGUCACUCUGGUGUUUAUUAAGAUAUGUUAUAUUUAUAAUUAAAAUACCAAUGUUAUCGUACAAGUAUAUGACAUUAAAAAGUUUGUCUCUGCAAAUGUAUUUGUGUUCUAGAAUAAAAAUAAAACUA